GACCUACCGUUGUUUCUGGCGGCUACAUGUGUGUGUCUGCUGACAUAUCUGUAUCUCCAGCGGCCCAGAAACCUCCCGCCCGGACCCAGGGGGUGGCCGCUUCUCGGUAACAUCCCCAUGGUAGCAAAGUCAGCCUUUCUCCCCGCCACUUUGACGGAGCUGUCCAAACAGUACGGUGACGUCAUGACCAUCUGGAUGGGCCGGGUUCCCGCCAUUGUUAUUUCUGGGUACGAGACUAUCCGGACCGCCCUGGUCAAGAGAGCUGAAGACUUCUCCAGUCGGAAAAUACAACCAGUGGCAGCAAUGGCAGGUAGAGAUAAAGGUGUUCUGAUGGCACCCUACGGAUCACACUGGAAACACCAGCGUAAAUUCGCCCUGAUGACUCUCCGGGACUUCGGCUUCGGCAAGCGGAGUUUGGAGGGCAAGAUCACCGAAGAAUGCAACGCACUUGUACAGGAAAUUCUGUCGCAUAACGGACAACCGUUUGAUUUAAAGAUCAUGAUGCAAAACGCUGUCAGUAACAUCAUUUGUUCCAUUGUCUUUGGGGGCAGAUUUGAAUACGGCGACCCUGAUUUCCUACGACUGAUUCGCCUGUUGAACUCGGUAGUUGAAGCAAAGCCCUCUUUCAUGGACAGGCUUGAAAUGAUACACCCCGUGUUUCGGUGCCUCCGCUUCAUCGGAACAUCAAAGAACGAUAAAAUGACGAGAAUGUUUCAGACUCUACAACAGUUCUACCGUGAACAGAUAGAGAAGCACAGGGUGACCUUUGACCCAAACGACAUCCGGGACUUUAUAGACGCCUUUCUCCUAGAGCAGCAGCGGGCACCGGAGGAACAAGCUUGGGAGCACUUCACUGACAAACAACUGCAAGAGGUGCUGAUGGAUCUAUUCGUGGCCGGUACUGAGACCACCGCCACCACCACCCGCUGGGCCCUGCUGUACAUGAUGCUCAACCAAACAUCCAGGAAAAGGUUCAUCAGGAGAUAGACUCGGUGUUAGGACAGAGCGCGCCGUCCUACGCACAACGGCACCUGCUGCCCUACACAACAGCGACCCUAGCGGAAGUCCAGCGAAUUAACUCCAUCGUGCCCCUCCUUGUUCGAGGUGCGUCCAGGGACACCACCUUUAAUG